AAAAAAUGUUUCUUGAACACCGUUCCCACUCCCUCAUCCUCCUCUCUCUUAUCUAAUCUUCCAAAUCCAAAUUCAAAUGAAAUUCAAAUUUCCCUAAACCUCUUUUCUCUCUACCCUUUUCAUUUUCAUUCUUGUUUCUCUCUAGUUUCUAUUGUUUAGUCCAAAUACACAAACCAAAUGGGUACAUGUUUAAGCAAGAAAAAACCUUCUUCUACUUCCUCACCCCCCAAAUCACUUUCCACACCCCCACCAACUCAACCAAAAAACCCUGAAAACAACAAUGUCACAGAAACAACCCUCAACAACAAACCCAACACAGAACCACCAGAAGAAGAUGAAUCUCAACCAAAAAAGGAAAUUUUCAUCAUCAAACACAGAAAAAGCCAUGAUGAAAGAGAAAAAAACUCAAAAAUCACACCUUUCACUGUUCAGCACAAUGUUCCAUCACAACAAAAUGAAGGGUUGGUUUCUUCUUCAGAAACAGAAUCAACAUCAAUGAACAACAACAUUAACAACAACAACAACAAGGUUGUUAAUGUUGUUGGUGUUAGAACAUCAAGCUGCACAAAAGAAGAAGUUGAUGCAAUUUUAAUCCAAUGUGGAAGACUCAGCAGAAGCUCUUCUGGAAAAGCAGCUUCUUCAUCUGCUAAUGGAAGAAAAUACUCAGGUUCAAAAAGAAGUUUUGAUUUUGAUAACUGUGACAACAACAAUGAUGCAAUUUCAGCUGAAGAUGAACAAAAGAGAACAAAUGUAAGUGAAACAAGUGAAGAACAUGACGGUGGCCGGAACCGAAACAGCCACCGUCAGCGCAACCGCGGUUCGCCUAAACCUGGAAGAAGAAGAACACCAAGUAGGGAAAGAGAACAACAACGUUCAAGUAGUAGAGAAAGGAGAGUGAGUAGAUCUCCUGGAAGAAGAUCUUCUGAUAAUAACAAUGGUGGUUCUGUUUCUGUUUCUGUUACUGUUUCAGGUUCUGGUUGUUCUAGGCCUGGAAAAAUGGUUACUGUUCCUGCUACUGUUACAUCAUUGGUUAUGGAUAAAAGUAAUAAUGGUGGUGGUGGUGGUGGUGGGGGUGAAAGUGUUAAAAGGGGUGGUGUGAAGAGAAAUGUUGGUGUUGCAUCACCACGUUCUAUGUCACCUGCAAGAGGAAAUGGGAAUCAGCAGCAACCUUGUUCUCUUAGUAGGAAUAAUUCUUCAAGGAAAGCUGAAGUUUCACCUUAUAGAAGGAAUCCACUUAGUGAAGUUGAUCCUAAUUCACUUGCUUAUCCACAAUCUAAUGUUAAUGUUAAUGGUGGCAAUAAGGUGCAAAACAAAUCCAAAAAGGAGGUUGAAGUUGUUCAGAAACCAAAUGUUGAUACAAGGGACAGCAUGAGAAGCAGGACAAGCAGCAGAGGUACAUUGGAAAAGGGUGUGAAUCAUCACCAAACAAAGGAGCAACAAGAGGAAGAGAUCAAGCUGGUAACAUCUGACAAUGCUAUUGUGAAGAACAUGGUGAUGCCAUCAGGUAUUGAAAACUUCAAACCACAAACAUUAACAAGAAGCAGAUCUUCUAGAAGAUCAUCAAGAGACUUUGACAUCAAUCCUGAACCUCUUCCUCCACAACAAAAUUCAUCUUACACUUCUUUACUCCUUGAAGACAUUCAAAAUUUCCAUCAAAAAACACACCCUUCUGUUUCUCUCCCACCUUGUCUCAACAAAGCUUGUUCCAUCCUUGAAGCCGUAGCUGAUCUUAACUCAACCACAAGUUCAAACAAUUUCUCUAGUGGUGCUUUCUUGGAAGACAAGAAAACUUCUUCUAUUAGGAAUGAGUACAAUGUUGAAGAACCAUUUGUUGAAUCUGAAGUUGUUAUCUUUGAUGAUGUGAUGGAGCCAAGUUUGCAUAAGUAUGUUACUGUUAAAAGGGGUGGUUCACUUUGUGAGGAUCAAGAGUCUUCAGGAAGUAAUAGCUUCACUGUGAGUAGUGGUCAAAAGCAAUAUGGGAUUUGUUCUUCUUCUUGGGAACAAAACUCUUGUGAUUCAUCAGAUUGUUGGAGUUCAAGAUUGAAUUCAAAAGAUGAGAGUUUGAAAAGUCCUUUGGGAUUGGAUGGUAGUUUAGGUUCUUCAUGUGAAGCUAAUAAGAAGACAUUGAAUGGUAAAAGGAGAGAGUGUGAUCAUCAGCACAGUGGCGGUAUAGGGCGUGGAAGACUCGCUGCGGACGCUGCUGCAUUGACAUAGUGCAUGUUUGGAUUAACGGCGAGUUUGGAUUCUCAUCUUUCUGUUUGACAUCACUUUCUGUUUGGAGUUGCAUGCUUGCAACUGUUUUAUCUUUUUUUUUUAUUUAAGGCAAAAUUUGAGAUUAUCUCAUCUUUGACAUUUUCUUUAUUAUGUUAACGAAUACUUAUUUUAUCUUUCUUAUUGCAAUUAUUAUGUAGCAUUAUGUUAUGCUCUCUUCCUUUCUUCAAAUGAUUUAUUUGUAAACUACAUUUGCUCAAAAUC